AUGGAAGCUCCUGGUGCUGUAAAUAUAGUUUCUCGUGCCUUAAUGAAUUCAUUUGGGACUUUAUUCAAUGUCAUCCUGAUUUUCAUGGUAUUCAACAAAACAACGAAACCACUGCGAACUUAUUCGAUUCUCGUACUCACCACAGCUGUGUGUGAUCUUAUUGCAUGCGCAUCCUCUCUGCUGCAUAAUGAAAGGAUUAUGUUAAUCGGAGUCUCAAAUUUUCUGAUUUCGUAUGGGACAUGUUGCAAAUUGGGAUCUUUGACAUGCGGUAUCACGUUAGUUCUUCUAUCGCUCUCUGCAAACAUGUACGUUUGA